GUUACGUGUGUAUACCAAUACCACUUGGUCUUGGGACUGGAUCAACUAGUCAUCAUCAUCAUCAUGCCUCUCUUCACGGACUCGAUUGCUAGAAACUUGAAAAAACCUGAAACUGGUUUUGUUGGGUCAUUUAUACUGCGUGUAUUAAAGAGGAGGAAUCGUUUCCUGGAGGAAAAAGCUGUAGAACAUGCAGAGAUUCAGCCUAACCAUCAUGUCUUAGAAGUCGGCUUUGGUCCCGGCUUAGGACUCAAGAAAGCUGCACAGUGUGUAAAAAAAGGUGAAGGAAUGGUGUAUGGGAUUGACAUCUCUCCUGCUAUGAUGAAUGCUGCUAUGGCUCACUUGGAGCAGGAGAUUGCCGAUGACAUCGUCCAGCUCACCAUAGGCAACGCAGCCCAGCUCCCUUACCGAGAUGGCUCCAUGGACCGCAUCUUCCACACCAACUGCUAUUACUUCUGGCCGGACGUGACCGCGGUAUCGAGAGAACUCUUCCGCGUGCUGAAGCCCGGUGGGCAGAUGCUGACCCUGCUCUGCCUGGAGAGGGUCAAAGAGUCGCACGACAACGGCUAUCUCAAGUACGGGAAGUACGAUCCAGACGGCUACAUGGAUGCGCUGAGGACCGUGGGGUUCGAAUGCGAGGGUAUGAAGUCGUUGAAAGAUGGUGACGAGGCCUACGAGUAUAUCCCAGCAAAGAAACCUUGAGUUACGAAAUCAUAUUUGUACAAAAUUUUCCAACCCAAAUGAAUUGUGAUUGAGUCUUCAAAUAUGUCACCACUUUGCUUGCAAAGCAUUCAUAUUCUUAUACCAAAGGUGCUCUUGGUGGGGGAAGGGCGUGUGGAAUUGUGGCAUUGGGAUAUCUUGUAAAGCUGUUUGAGGUCGGUACAGUUGAGAUUACUUACCUUGGUGCAAAAUGGAUUGAUAGAUCUAAUUCACAUAAAUAUUUGUUAAAGAAAUUGAGGUUAAUUAUAUUUUUUUAUAUAAUUCUGUUCAAAUUAUUGAUAAUGAAAAAUAUAUGCUGUUGCUCUGUUAACGUUUUUUAUUAAGUAUUUUAAAUAUAUAGAAACAUCUCAAAAGGUGGCCCAUACACUUGUUUCUACCGAUCAACUUCAUAUUCAAACAUAUCAGAUGGCAGUUAUAAUACAGACGACAGAAUUAUCAGUUAAUAAUUGCAGCUGACCAGUCAGUUAUUGUGUCAUUGUGACAUUAACAAGUUUAGCAUGUACAGAUAUGGAUGCGCAUAAGCAUAUUUGACUGAAACAUCUGUGAAUGACUGAAUUGUAAAAAAAUGCUGAAUAUUAUACAAUUGAUUGAUAUAAUGUUGUACAUAUAGCUUAAAACAUAUAAAGUACAAUUUUGGGUUUAGGGUAGGGAUUAUUGGUAAAAUUCAUAUUCAAUAUGUGUGAAAAAUAAAUACUAUUAUUUAUGAUGAUUUUGCUUGUUUUAUUAUGAUGAUUUUAUCUGCAUAUUUAUUUAUGACAAAAUUUAUCUGCUAUUCCAUUUGUGUGCUGCUUGACAAAUAUACUUAUACAUGCAUUUUGUGAAUCUUUUAUAAAGGACAUUUCAUUAUGUACAUAAGUUACGGUGUUUAUGUAAGAUUUAUUGUGUAUCCAUUAAUGAUAUAAACAUUAUAUAUAUGGAAUCCAUGAGAUUACCUUCAGCAACAACUGUUCCUUUGCAACAAAAAAAGAAGCAUAUUAUGCUAAAUAUAAAUUCUUAUUUACUUCACACCAUGUCCAAACCCUAAUCCAUCCAUUGGUCUCCUAGCCACCCCCCCCCCCAUGAACUCUAUCAAACCCUUACCCUGUAUCUUCAAAGGAAUGAAGAUUGGAACAGAUGUUGCAGGAAAGAAUAUUGGGUUGCCCCCAUUUUAUUGUUUAUUUGCAUGUAAUGAUUGCAAUUAUGUACUCUUAGCCUACAUAUCUCGUUUUAAUGCAAUGUCUUGUUCUGAUUGAAAGUAAUGUGCCAAUUGCCAGUAAUCUAAUUUUUAAGAGAAUAAAUAUGUAUAUUUUUUUAAUU